CAAGAUUGUUACUUCCAAUGAAGCACCGCACCUCGGCAAUAUCGCCAAGACCGGACCGAAGACUAGCGGCGUAAAGCCCUAGAAAUCACUCCUUUAAUCACUCCUUUUUUUCUUAAUCACUCACCCGUCAAAUCGAUUUAGAAUUUUAGAUAAUGUUAAGAGUUUCGGUCAUGCAAUUUGAAUUUCUUAAAUCGUUUUGGAAGGGUAAAAUGGAGAAUUAAGAACGGCCCUGAGGCUCAAGUAGCUGUCAUUCAAUUUACUGAAUUCAAAAUUUCAAAGCAGCUUUGGAAUAAUCCCGCCAGAAAACGCACUGAGAGCUGGAGAAAAUGGACGCUCAAGGGCCGACGCUGAAGCUAACUGUGGAGAAAGGUCCACUCGCUGGCCAAUGCCUGGAAUUCAAACCUGGUUUUACCGUCCGACUUGGCCGAGUUCGCCGCCCUGGCCGUGGGCCGUUCAACAAUCUCGUCAUCAAAGAUGCAGAUUCCGGCAUCGAAGAUCCCGGCAUCUCCUCUAGACACCUCACCGUCGAGUUCAACUCCUCCGACGGGAAAUGGGUCAUCUGCGACCUCGGAUCCCUUAAUGGGACCUUUCUCAAUGGCGACAAACUUGACCCGUCCUGUCCUGCCGCGCUUUCUGACAGCGACGUCAUUAAGAUCGGGGAUCUCACUACAAUUAAGGUCCAAAUCCAUGGUCUCCACCGCGCUUCUACCGAGGAAAAGGUAAACCCUAGGGGAAAGGCCGCCACAGACACCGCACAGAAAGAUAACCGCAUUGUGUCUGAGAAUCCCGUGUUAGGGUUAGCGGAUGCAGAGUUGGGGAAGACGAAGAGGCGCCCCCCUCCCCGUCCCAGGGGCAGGCCUCAGAAGGGAAGUAAUGUGAUCAGUGACAAGGUCGAACCUCAAGCUGAGGGCACUGGUUUUGAUAAAGGCAGGACUUCUCAUGUUGAAAUUGCUAUUGUUGAGAACACAGAGAGCUUCAGCGUGAUAGAGACUGAUGAAGAUGGUGGUCAGCCUAGGACCAGGAAUGGCCGGGGAAGAGGAGGACGAGCAAAGACGGGAAGGGCCACCACCAGAAGUACAAAGCAGAGCAUUCUACAGGCAGAGAGUGUCACCUCAAUUCAUUUGGAAGAUGGUAAUGCAGCAAAUUCCUCUAGCAUAAAGAAGGACGGAGAUAAACUUCAAGCUGAGGGCACUGGUUUUGGUAAAGGCAGGACUUCUCAUGUUGAAAUUGCUAUUGUUGAGAACACAGAGAGCUUCAGUGUGAUAGAGACAGUUGAAAAUGGAGGUCAGCCAAGGACCAGGAAUGACCAGGGAAGAGGAGGACGAGCAAAGGCGGGAAGGGCCACCACCAGAAGUACAAAGCAAAGCAUUCCACAGGCAGAGAGUGUCACACCAGUUCAUUUGGAUGAUGGUAAUGCAGCAAAUUCCUCUAGCUUAAAGAAGGACGGAGAUGAACUUCAUGCUGAAGGCACUGGACUUGAAAAUGCAAGUCCAAUAAGAAAAAGGAAUUCAGUCAAGGUAGAGAAUUUCAGUGAUGGGGCUUCUCAAGUUGAAAUGAAUGUUGUUGAGAAAACAGAUAGCUUCAGCACGAUAGAAACAUUGGAUUUGGAAACUAUGACCAUGGGUGAGUGGCUUGCUUAUUUGGAGGUUGAGAUCCCAAAACAAAUAAUUGAAGCCUCAGAGGAGAUGAUUUCAGAAAUGAGAAAGAAGGCAGAGAUGUUUCAAGAAUUUGUGAUGAACCAAAAGAAUGCAAAGGAUGGGAGGACCUGAUGUGAGGUAUAUAUUAGACUGUCUUGGAGAGAUCAGAAGAAUCACUGGUUCUCUGGUAAUUUCAUAGGAGAAUAUCCUGUUGCUGUAGUAUUUUUGUUUCAUUUUAGGGCCAGUGCUGGUUUUAAAUUCGUACAUGGAAGAACAAACUUGUGAGAAUCUUGACAUCUUGCUUUAAGCUGACUUUGCUCCCACAUUUCCUUUUAAGCAAAACCAUGAUGCUCUAAGUUCUGCAUGAGGCACGACCCUUAUUGUACUGUGAUCUCUGAGUCCUAGAUUUAGUUCUUACAUGAACUUACUGCUAUGAAUGGGGGAGUUUCACUGUUAAAGUCUUAUUAAGCAUCCCCAAUGCAACCCUUUCUAGUUUAAAUAAAUUAUGUCGCAUGUCAAAUUAUUAAAAGGCUUUCUAAUCUACAUGAUAAAUUGUGGAGUUACUAGGCAUUAACAUUAGAAGGAAGCCUCCAAUGCAUAGCCUCAAAGCCCAAAUUAAGUCUUCA